AUGAGUGGAUCGAUAUUUUCUGGAAAGAGCUAUGGGCACACCCCUCGAUUAGAUUUGAGUCAUCCAGGAUCCUCCGGAGAAGAGCCACAAGAAUCAACUACUUCAGCAGUGAUGGUGGCUGUGGAUGGCGGGAUGUCUCCCGAAAAAAACCAUGAGAGAAUCUCCAGAAAGAGGAAAAAUAAAGAUACAGUAUUCAGUCCUCAGAGUCAGAUGACAACAAAUCACGACACAGUGGGCUUCAGAAACCUGGCCGAAACAGAAGAAAAGGAUGAAGCCAUCCAGAUUCUAUUGGAUAAAAUGAAAACUGAGUUGAUGUUGCGAGACUUAUUCCACUCAUCGUAUACGGAAAAGGCAAGCUCUCAUUCUACGAGGAAUGUCAUCACUGCCGCCGAGCUCCACGAGAACGUCACACAGUUUGUGGACCUUCUCUUGCUGACCAACCUGAGAUUGCUCCGCGGACUUGGUAGCUUAACACCAGAAGGUUAUAGUGAAGAGCACGAUUUGCUCCAUGACUGGCUUCUUGAUAUUCUCAAGAAAUCUCAGAAUCGGGAUUCGAAUCUUUUGGAUCAAAGAAAUAAUCAAAUAUUUCCUGCAAUUACUCUUAAAACGGUGUUGGAUAGUGUUCACAACGCAUUCAUCUCCAAAAACUCAAACAGAGUGAUCUAUCAGCUGGUAAAGAAAACUAAUGUUGUGGAUACUUACGUCGGAGUAUUUUCUGAAAAUCAGUUAAAGAUGACUAAAACGGUAAUCACCCUUUUAGCUUCAUACUACAAAUUACACAAUCCGGAGAAGUGGAGAAAGCAAUUUCGAGAUGAAGGCGCCUUCUUGUCAUACCUGGCCAAACUUCAAAACCCACACAUGAAUUGCGAAGUCAAAGAAAUCGGAGAAUCAAAGGAGUUUAUUCAAGUCCUAGAAUUCCUCCCCUGGAAGAACCCAUUGAAAGAAAGUGGGGAAGGUACAAGGAACCCCAGCCAUCGUAGGGGACGAAGUGUGGGCAACAAUCUCGCUGAUCGAAAGAGGAGAUCAGAACGUGAUCGCAGAGGACGCCAACGCACUAAUUCCCGUGCUAAGGAGACUUGA